UUACAAUUGGCAAUCUGAUCUUUAAGGUCAAUCGAUUAUUAGAGUGUUUUUUUUGUUUUGCCUUUAAUAUUGACACCGUAGAACGUCUACAGUAGCAGUUAAGUAUGUUAUAGUGAGCAAGUAAGUAAACAAAACGUCCCUAACGGUAAGCUCCAAGAUGAAAUCUCAAGUUUUGCAAAUACUGAUCCAAUUCUGCAUGAUGGCCAUCGCUAAAAAGUGCAUCUCGAGUGAAAAACCGCAUUACAGAAUAUACAAAACAUUAGAGGAUUUCCGAAAAAACAACGACACCUUUGCAAGUGAAAACAACACAAUCCUGGAAAAUGGCAUCAUGUUUGAUUUCCCACAAUUAAAAGUGGUCCCGGCGAAUGGUUUUGUGACCUAUGACGCUGAUAGCAUUACGUAUCUGAAUCUAAGCGGAAAAUCAAUAAAUGUUUUGGAAAUACACGCUUUUAGCAACUUAUCUUGCUUGCAAGUGCUAGAUUUAAGUAAUAACGACUUAUGGAAUCUUAACAGGGACAUGUUUAGUGAUUUAGCGAACUUGAAGUAUUUGGACUUAAAAAUGAAUAAUUUGUCUGUGUUAGGAAGUGAAACGUUCGGGAAUCUUUUAAAUUUAAAAGUACUUGACUUAUCGCAUAAUAAUAUUUCUAAUAUAAGUAAUAACGCGUUUAAUGCAGGUUCCAAAUUGGAUACCCUUAUUCUUUCAUUUAAUAUUUUAAGGCAAAUUCCACAAGGCAUAGGGAACUUAAAACAAUUAAAGAAACUUUAUUUGGACCACAACUAUCUCGCCAUCGUCAAGACUACGUCAUUAAAACCGUGUAGGAAGUUAAAAAUUCUCGAUUUAACUGAAAAUCAAGCGGUGAUUUUACGGUUGGGCAAUGACACCUUAAACCCGAGAUAUUUACAAGUUUUAAAUUUAUCAAGUAAUUAUUUAUUGUAUUUUAACAUUUCAGAGGUGGUCGGUAUGUUUGCUAAUUCAUCCACUGCAAUUGAUUUAAAUGAGAAUCAAUUUUCAUGCAACAUAUGGAAGUCUUAUCUGCAAGAGUUCAAGAAAUUUAAUGUUACUAUAAGCCCCGGAAGAAACUUUAGUGCAUUCAGGCAAAUUAAUGGAAUAGCUUGCGAUAAUCUCAAUAUAACUGAAAUUAAGGAUCCGAAUUUUAUAGAUUUUUUAAAUAGUAAGCAAAAGAGUAAAGCGGUAAAAAGGGACGAGAGCUCUAACUCACAAGCUAACAGCUCUAACAUUUGCGUUAUUGUCAUAUUUAGUAUCAUGGCCUCUGUUGUUUGUACCUCUUUAAUUGCGUAUUUCAUUUUAAAACGGAAAACUAGGUUUUAUUUUACUAAUAUCGCAUCAGAUUCUAUUCAUAUUACUCGUUCUGAGUUCUAAUAACACACCUCACACUAUGUAUAAGUUGAACAUCUAGAAAUAUACUCAAGGUUAUUAUAAGUUAUAA